AUGCUCGCAGGUUUUGGUACAACACUCUCCCUUGCAAAGAAGAAAAGCCCUCACUGGUUCAGUAAGGGUGCCACUGCCACAGCUUCCUUGCCAGAAAGUGGUGCAUCUCUUGCCUUGAGAGCUUUAGGUUGGGGUUCGCUGUAUGCCUGGUGUGGAGUGGGACUUCUCAGUUUUACUGUGUGGAAAGUACUUGGAGUACACAGUGUAAGUAUUUAA